AUGUCUAAUGUGACUUUUAUAUUGGAUGCCUAUCGCCAGAUCCACAAUGAACGAUAUAUUUUUGCUGCUGUUUUGGCUUUACUUUACCCUGUUAUGAUAUUUGGCAACUUGUUGAUUAUAUAUGUUGUUAGUGUCGAGAGGAGGCUACAUGAGCCUAUGUAUAUCCUCAUUGGCAACCUAGCAUGCAUUAACUUGUAUGGCGGCUCUAGCCUCGCACCUUUUAUCGUCUCAAACAUCCUUUCAGGCACGUUUCAGAUAUCUCGGGCGGCUUGUUUCAUCCAGAUAUUUUCCAUCAACACAUACGGCGGAUCGAGCCUCCACAUCUGUGGUAACGUGAUAGAGAAAGUGUACUGUGACAACUACUCCUUAUUGAAACUCGCAUGCCCUGAUCCUGUACCAAGUAGAUUUGACAUGAGCCAUGUUCCCUAUGCUGCUCGCGUUGUGUUAUCUCUCUAUUUCCUGAUCGUCGCCCCCGUAUUAAACCCAGUGGUAUAUGGGGCACGCACAGAAAAGAUUAAAGAGGCAAUUCAAAUACACAAUUGCUUCAUGAAGAAGAAGAGAACAGAUAGAUAG